AUGAAUUAUUCUCUCCUCCUCUCAGCCAUCUACGGACUGUUGUUGAGUCCCAUGGCCACGUCUGCCCCGACAGCGAAGCCAGUGACCCUUCGCAUCAGGUCGGAGGACUUCCAUGCUCUUCAGGAGAGAGCAGACAACGAAGCCACCGCACUGUACGCUUAUAUUGUCGCCGACACCGAGAUCGACGACAAAAAGAAGCGUGAUGACGAGGCCACUGCGCUAUAUGCGUACAUUGCGGCCGACUCGGAGCUGGACAGGAAACGUGAUGACGAAGCCACCGCGUUGUAUGCGUACAUUGCGGCCGACUCGGAACUUGACAGAAAGCGUGAUGACGAGGCUACUGCGUUGUAUGCAUACAUUGCAGCUGACAGCGAGUGAGCUGGAGAUGUUAAGCUCCGGUGCAUGCUGCUUUGCUAGAGCACGUGGUACUGGUCUUUUAAUCAGCCGUUGCAUUUCUUUUUGCGUACUCCUGAG